AUGGCGUCUAUGUCUGCUUCAGAUCAGCACGCACUUGACAAUGCCAACCGAAUUACACUAGAUGCAGUUGUUGAGGCUCUCGUUAAUCUGCGAGAUUUAAAUGGGACGACUUUGACGAAUCUGAAAAGAUAUUUUGUCAACAAGUUUCCCUCUCAUGUUACGUCGACGGCGCUCAGUUCACGAAUCAAAAAAGUUCUUAAGAAAGGUGUUGGCGAAGGAAAAAUCAGAAGGGACAGAAAACGUAGAUACUUCCUUUGCAAUGACAAUGACGACGGCGGAAGCAAAAAACGUCGCAAUCGAUUGGAUAAUGAUGCAUUUUUUCAUCACCAUAAAAGGCGGCGACGAUCAAAAGGGAAGAAAAGUAAAAAGAGAAGGAGGCGUAGGAGAGGUUGCAAGAGGAGGAGAGGACGCAGGGGGAGGUGUUAG